AUGGUCAACAUCAACCCUGAGACCCUUUUUGGGGAGCACAGGGUGGACAUGAAGCUUCCAGUGGUUGGUGCAGCUGCAGAGACCUCAGGGCAGCUCCUCCGCCUGGUCGGUGGCCCCGACCCCUGUGCUGGGAGGGUUGAGGUUCUGCACAACGGGACGUGGGGGACGGUGUGUGACGAUGGCUGGGGCCCCCCAGAGGGCCGGGUGGUCUGCCAGCAGCUGGGCUGUGGGGAGGUGCUGUCGGUGGCCCCGGGGACACGGUACGGGGAAGGGACGGGGCAGAUCUGGUUGGAUGAAGUCAACUGCACCGGGAAGGAGAAGAACCUCUUGGAAUGUCCAGCCAGGCCCUGGGGGGAACACAACUGCAACCACCUGGAGGAUGCCAGUGUGGAGUGCUCAGCCUCCAAUGUCACCUCCCUGGGGACCCUGCAGCUCCUCAACGGCCCCAACCGCUGCGCUGGGAGGGUUGAGGUUCUCCACGAGCACCAGUGGGGGACAGUCUGCGAUGAUGGAUGGGACCUGGAGGAUGCUGCCGUGGUCUGCAGGCAGCUGGGCUGUGGGGUGGCCAUGGCAGCCCCUGGUGGGGCUUAUUUUGGAAGGGGACACGAUCCCAUCUGGUUGGACGAGGUCAACUGCACCGGGACUGAGGGCAACCUCUUCGACUGCCAGGCCAAGGCCUGGGGGAAGAACAACUGCUUCCACGGGGAGGAUGCUGGGGUGGUAUGUUCAGGUGAGGCUCAUCUCCAGCCUCGGGGGUGUCGGUGUCUCCCAACCUCCGCUUGGCCAACGGCUCCACCAGGGAGGGUGGAGAUGACCCACAAUGGCACCUGGGUGGCCCUGUGCGACCAGGACUGGGGCCUGGCUGAGGCCACUGUGGUCUGCAGGCAACUGGGAUGUGGGACAGCGCUGGAAGCACCCAGAGGGUCCCAUUUUGGGUCAGGACCUGGAGAAAUGUGGCCCAAGAGCGUGAGCUGCGUGGGCACGGAGACCAACCUCUCUGCCUGCAAGGUGAAGCCCUGGGGACAUGGAACUUGUCACCAUGGGAGAGAAGCUGGUGUGGUGUGUUCAGGUCACUUGCAGGGUGACCACGUCCGGCUGGUGAACUUCGACAACCGCUGUGCUGGCCGAGUGGAGAUCUUCCACCAGGGCCAGUGGGGGACUGUGUGUGAUGACCACUGGGACCUGCUGGACGCCCAGGUGGUCUGCAGGCAGCUGGGCUGCGGGCGGGCACUGGCAGCCCCUGGGAAGGCCCAGUUUGGCCAUGGGGUUGGGACCAUCUGGAUGGAUGACACCAACUGCACGGGGAUGGAGACCAGCCUGUCCUCCUGCCCUGCCCGGCCCUGGAGCCACAACAACUGCUACCACUCAGAAGAUGCUGGGGUGGUUUGUUCAGACUCCAUUGUCCCUGAGGUGUCCCAGCUCCGUUUGGCCAACGGGUCCCACCGCUGCGCGGGGCGGGUGGAGGUUCUGCACCACGGGGAGUGGGGCUCCAUCUGCCGGCAGGGCUGGGACCAGCAGGACGCCCAGGUGGUCUGCAGGGAGCUGGGCUGUGGGACAGCCCUGGGGGCUCCCAAGGGGACGGACUUCGGCUCCGGACCUUCCCGUGUCUGGUUGGACAACGUGAAUUGCCGAGGGACUGAGGGGACCCUGAGGGAAUGUCCAGCCAGCCCGUGGGGACAGGGCAGCUGUGAGCGUGGGGGUCGUGCCAGCGUGGUGUGCUCAGGCUCCGACGUCUCCAAAUUCCUCCCGGUCCGGUUGGUGGAUGGUCCCGGUGACUGCGCUGGGAGGGUGGAGAUGCUCUUCAGGGGCAGCUGGGGGACAGUCUGCGAUGACAGCUGGGACUUCCAGGACGCCAAGGUGGUCUGCAGGCAGCUGGGCUGCGGGGUGGUGGUCUCAGCCCCCCGGAGGGCUCAGUUUGGGCAGGGGCAGGGACGGGUCUGGCUGUACAACGUGCGCUGCUCGGGGACGGAGGGAGGGCUCUCCCACUGCAGCUCCGACCUCUCUGGGCUCUAUGAGUGUGAGCACCAAGAAGAUGCCAGCGUGGUGUGCUCAGGAUCAGGGAUUGCUGACCUUGGAAGCCUUCGCCUGGUGAACGGCUCCGACUCCUGCUCGGGGAGGCUUGAAGUGCUCCAUGACCAGAUCUGGGGGGGCAUCUGCACCGAUGGGUGGGACCUGGCUGAAGCCCAGGUGGUGUGUGAGCAGCUGGGCUGUGGGGCAGCCCGUUCAGCUGAGGGGUCCCCCCGGUUUGGGAUGGGGGAUGGUCCCAUCUGGGUGGACGCCGUGGAGUGCGGCGGGACGGAGAAGGCUCUCUUCGAGUGCAAGGUCAAGCUGUGGGGCAGCAAGGGCUGCAAGUCCAAGGGACACGCAGGUGUCACCUGCUCAGCGCUCACAGAAGAGGACCAGGAGAGCCCAGAAGCCCUGAGGCUGGUGAACGGCCCCAACCGCUGCGCCGGGAGGGUGGAGAUUUUCCACGGCCACCAGUGGGGGACAAUCUGUGACGACGGUUGGGACCUGAAGGACGCGGCCGUGGUCUGCAGGCAGCUGGGCUGUGGGGCAGCCGUGUCAGCCCUGGGCCUCUCCAGGUUUGGCCAAGGAUUUGGUCCCAUCUGGCUGGAUGGGGUGAGGUGCCUGGGGACAGAAGCCACCCUGGAUGAGUGUCCGGCCAAGCCGUGGGGAUAUCACAGCUGUAACCACGUGGAGGACGCCAGCGUGGUGUGCUCAGGCUCCACCAGCACCUCCAGGCUCCGUUUGGUCAACGGGUUGAGCGCCUGCAGCGGGAGGGUGGAGGUCUUCUACAACAACCAGUGGGGGACAGUCUGUGAUGACAACUGGGACCUGAAGGAUGCAGCCGUGGUCUGCAGGCAGCUGGGCUGUGGGGGGGCCCUCCUGGCCCCCGGCUCUGCCCACUUUGGAUGGGGAACAGGUCGCAUCUGGUUGGACGACGUGAGCUGCACGGGGCAGGAGACUGACUUCUCCCACUGCCCCACCAAGAUGCUGGGGGUCCACAACUGCCACCACGGGGAGGACGCUGGGGUGGUGUGUGCAGGUAACUCCAGCUCAGCCGACUUGAGGUUGGUGAACGGUCCCCACCGCUGUGCUGGGAGGGUUGAGGUUCUCCACGACCACCAGUGGGGGACAGUUUGUGACGAUGGAUGGACCCUGAACCACGCCAGGGUGGUCUGCAGGCAGCUGGGCUGUGGCAGGGCCGAGGCAGCUCCUGGGAGGGCUCACUUUGGCCAGGGGACAGGACGCAUCUGGUUGGACGACGUGGCCUGUGCUGGGAGUGAGGACACCCUCUCCCAGUGCCCAGCCCGUCCCUGGGGACAGGGGAACUGCAACCACGGAGAAGAUGCCGGUGUCAUCUGCUCAGACCAGGCUGGGGCUGAGGUGGCCCAGAUCCGACUGGCAGAAGGACCCAACCAUUGUGCUGGGAGGGUUGAGGUUCUCCACGACCACCAGUGGGGGACAGUCUGUGAUGAUGGCUGGGACCUGAGGGAGGCAGCCGUGGUCUGCAGGCAGCUGGGCUGUGGCAGGGCCGAGGCAGCUCCUGGGAGGGCUCACUUUGGCCAGGGGACAGGACGCAUCUGGUUGGACGACGUGGCCUGUGCUGGGAGUGAGGACACCCUCUCCCAGUGCCCAGCCCGUCCCUGGGGACAGGGGAACUGCAACCACGGAGAAGAUGCCGGUGUCAUCUGCUCAGGUGCCAACAUCACGGGAGGGGCUCAGGUCCGUUUGGCCAACGGCCCCAACCGCUGCGCCGGGAGGGUUGAGGUUCUUCACAACCAACGCUGGGGGACAGUCUGUGAUGAUGACUGGGACCUGAGGGAUGCCAAGGUGGUCUGCAGGCAGCUGGGCUGUGGGACAGCCGUGGCAGCUCCUGGCCAUGCCCACUUUGGCCAAGGAUCUGAUCCCAUCUGGCUGGACGACGUGGAAGGCCGAGGGACGGAGACCAUCUUCUCCCAGUGCAGCCUCAACUGGGGGGUCCACAACUGCAACCACGAGGAAGAUGCUGGAGUCGUGUGCUCAGACCCCCCCCAGUAUAUCCCAGUCCGCCUGGUUGGUGGCCCCAACCGCUGCUCUGGGAGAGUUGAGGUGCUUCACGAGGGCGUCUGGGGAACCAUCUGUGAUGACCAGUGGGAUCUUCGGGAGGCCAGGGUGGUCUGCAGGCAGCUGGGCUGUGGGACAGCCCUGGCAGCUCCUUGGGAGUCCAAAUAUGGAGAAGGAGAAGGCCCAAUUUGGCUGAGCGACCUCAACUGCACAGGGACAGAAAGGUCCCUCAGCGAGUGCCAGGCCAGGCCAUGGGGGGACAACAUCUGCAACCACGUGGAAGAUGCCAGCGUGGAGUGCUCAGAAAUCCCUGAGCCAGGUCCAGUCAGGCUGGUGGGAGGUCCAAACCGAUGCGCGGGGAGGGUCGAGGUGCUUCACCAAGACAAGUGGGGCACCGUGUGCCGGGACCACUGGGACCUCAACGAUGUCCAAGUUGUCUGCAAGCAGCUGGGCUGUGGGGAGGCCCUCCUGGCCCCCACUGGAGCCAAGUUUGGAGCAGGGUUUGACACCAUCUGGUUGGAUGAUGUCAACUGCACCGGGACGGAACCUGCGCUCUCCGAGUGCCCAGCGAGGCCGUGGGGGGAGCACAACUGCUACCACCAGGAAGAUGCCAGUGCCAUUUGUUCAGGGAUCAACAUCUCCACCUCAGUCCGCCUGGUUGGUGGCCCCAACCGCUGCUCUGGGAGAGUUGAGGUGCUUCACGAGGGCGUCUGGGGAACCAUCUGUGAUGACCAGUGGGAUCUUCGGGAGGCCAGGGUGGUCUGCAGGCAGCUGGGCUGUGGGACAGCCCUGGCAGCUCCUUGGGAGUCCAAAUAUGGAGAAGGAGAAGGCCCAAUUUGGCUGAGCGACCUCAACUGCACAGGGACAGAAAGGUCCCUCAGCGAGUGCCAGGCCAGGCCAUGGGGGGACAACAUCUGCAACCACGUGGAAGAUGCCAGCGUGGAGUGCUCAGGUAACACCACCCUUUCCUUCCCCACCCUGCAAGAAGGUCCAGUCCGGCUGGUGAACGGCCCCAACAAGUGUGCUGGGAGGGUUGAGGUGCUCCACGAGAACCAGUGGGGCAGCAUCUGUGAUGACCACUGGGACAUGAAGGACGCCAAGGUGGUGUGCAAGCAGGUGGGCUGUGGGUCACCCCUGGCAGCCCGAGGAGGUGCCCACUUUGGACGAGGUCCUGACACCAUCUGGCUGGAUGAUGUGGAGUGCAAUGGAACAGAGGAGACCAUCUUUGACUGCCAAGCCAGGCCCUGGGGUGAACACAACUGCUACCAUGGAGAGGAUGCUGGUGUCUUUUGUGCAGUUAACAAGAUCUUGGAUGAGCCAGAAGCACCUUGA